AUGGUACUUUCCUCUGCAUCCCGUCCUCUAGCCCGCUCACUUGGUCCCAUUGCUUCGCGCAGUCGAGGCCUAAGCUCUCUAGCUUCCGCCUCUGCCGUCUCCAGCCUGAGGAACCAGUCCUCGCGAUCUGGAGGCGUGACAUCACGACAGACUGCCGCAAACUCAGUCCUGCCGAGCUCAUUAUGCCGGAGCAAGCUGGGACCAACGAUAUCGAUUAGGUCGCUGACAGGUUUCCCUCGUGAAAAGGUCAAGGUUUUGAUGGUCCUGUACGAUGGUGGCAAGCACGCCGAGGAGAUUGUGCUGUUCUAUGCGCUGCUCGCGCGCUACCCAGACGGCCAGCUUUUCUGGGGCCCGGUAGACUGGUUACAGCACUGCGGGGUAGCGUUCUUGGGAGAGAACAGGGAGGAGGGGUUUGUGGACGAUCUGGAACUCGAUCCAGCAUCAAACCCGGCCUGGGCUUGCAUCCUGUCUUUGGCCUGGCCAGUCGUCCCCGGUCUGCUUGGCACCACCCAGAACGAGCUUGGAAUCCGAAAGUGGCUCGAGGACCAAGGUCACACUCUGGUCACCACCUCCGAUAAGGAGGGUGAGAACUCAACUUUCGACAAGGAGCUUGUCGACGCCGAGAUCAUUAUCACCACCCCCUUCCACCCUGGCUACCUGACCGCUGAGCGUCUCGCCAAGGCGAAGAACCUGAAGCUUGCCGUCACUGCUGGUAUCGGUUCCGACCAUGUUGACCUGAAUGCUGCCAACCAGACCAACGGUGGCAUCACUGUCGCUGAGGUUACCGGUUCCAACGUCGUCUCCGUUGCCGAGCAUGUCGUCAUGACCAUCCUGACCCUUGUCCGCAACUUCGUUCCCGCGCAUGAGCAGAUCGAGCGUGGCGAGUGGGAUGUUGCUGAGGCUGCUAAGAACGAGUUCGAUCUCGAGGGCAAGGUUGUCGGUACCGUGGCCGUUGGCCGUAUUGGUGAGCGUGUGCUGCGCCGCCUCAAGCCCUUCGACUGCAAGGAGCUGCUCUACUACGAUUACCAGCCUCUCAGCGCCGACAAGGAGGCUGAGAUUGGCGCCCGCCGCGUCGAGAACCUUGAGGAGAUGCUGGCACAGUGUGACGUUGUCACCAUCAACUGCCCUCUGCACGAGAAGACUCGCGGCCUGUUCAACAAGGACCUCAUCAGCAAGAUGAAGCCAGGCUCAUGGCUUGUCAACACUGCCCGUGGUGCCAUCGUCGUCAAGGAGGAUGUCGCCGACGCUCUCAAGUCUGGCCAUCUCCGUGGCUACGGUGGUGACGUCUGGUUCCCCCAGCCCGCGCCCAAGGACCACCCUCUGCGCUAUGCCAAGAACCCCUUCGGCGGCGGUAACGCCAUGGUUCCUCACAUGUCCGGUACCUCGCUGGACGCUCAGAAGCGUUACGCCGACGGCACAAAGGCUAUCCUGGAGUCAUACCUGACUGGCAAGUUCGACUACCGACCUGAGGAUCUCAUCGUGACCAACGGUGACUACGCCACCAAGGCUUAUGGCCAGCGUGCUGCUAAGAAAUAA